CUGACGGAUUCCAGCUCUCUUCAAGUGCUCUUCCCUCGGCUCUUCCGCCCUCCAAUCUGGUCAACUCGCUGGAAGGAUCUUCAACUUGAGGAGUGGCAUAGCUUGUAGUAUGCCAGGCUGUCCACUGACGCGGAAUCAUUUCCAGCCCUGGAUGAUGGGAGACAGUGCCGGAAUUACUGGCUGUCCCACUGACCUCUACCAGCAGUCAUGAUGUAAGAAUAGGCGAGAUAGGCGAGACAGCUAUGAAGCAAUUCCUACACAACUCACCAAGACAUUCCUCUUGAGCUACAGACCACACUAUACUUGAGAUGACAAGUGAAGCCACAGAAGCCAUUCUCACUCGACUUGUUCCUCUUCCUUCUUUCUGUAUAUAUAGUAUGGAAGUCAACCGUGAGCUUUUACUUUACAUGUGCCAUACGCCCUACUUUGUCUUGUCAAUUUAUAACCUUUUAUCGCGUGGAAUCAACACCCAAGAGGCAUCCACUCUUUCCUCCACUCCUCAGAGCAACUCACCACCACUCAUCAAAGUCCACAGGAGAAGGUACUGGUCUGUGGCCAACAUGAGCCUCACCCUCUCACCAGCUUCAUCACUAACCACUACGACAGUCUGGAGAAGCAGGGAGAGGGGACCUUCUGCGAGGUCUUUGGAUUCACAACAGAAACAGGGACCCAGAUGAUCAUUCCGAUCGAAGGUAGUCUGCUCUAUAAUGGAGAACAGCAGGCUACCUUUGUUGACGUGGAGACAGAAAUGAUAAUAAAAAAGCAGCUGAGUUUGCUGGGUUAUAUACAACAGGGAAACAACAGAAAACAUCCAGACUAUAUACCAAAUGAGAGUGGCCCAACGGUGUAGCUACCCAGGGGUCAGUGGAUGGAGAUUCAUCCUCCACUAACACCCAGUGGCUGGCUUUCCUGGCCAGGAAGCUCUCGUGCAGAGCACAGGACAUGGCCUCUGCUCCAGGAAGAGCGUGGAUGGCUGGGCUCAGACAAUACUUUUGUCUCUUGCAGACUACACGACCUUUUUAGAUGUAGAGACUGAGAUGAUGAUCACAAAAGAGCUGAGUUUGUGGGUUACAACAGGGAAUCAAAAACUCAGAAAACUUCCCGACUAUUACCAUAUGACAAUUCUACCUCGUACCACAUGCAGAGAAUGCUGAAUUGCUGAUUCUCCACUUAAGACCUACAAAGAAAGAGUAGUUCACAGGAGGCUGUCAGUGUUAUCCGUCAGGUGGCAGGAGCUCUUGCUGUGGGAGAGACUGCUCUGGAGCUAGAACACAGAGACUUGCACCUGUCAAAUGUGCUAGUAAAAAAAAAACACCAAACCACUAAUUACAUUUCAACUGUCAGCAAGCAGCUACACCAUCCAAACACAUGGUGUGAAGGCUACUGUCGCCAAUUAUAAUCUAUCUAGGAUUGCUUCAGUCAAUCAGUAACUCAGACCAUGCAUCUCACAGCAGGUGACAGUUGUUUCUUCAAAAAUUUGGAAGAACUCCCUUGGCUUUUCCAAGGGAAGGGAGAAACACAAUUAUGAUGUCUACAGGGGUAUGAGGAGAGCCACAGGGGGUCAGUGAAUGGACUUCCAUCUGUCACCCUGUGGUUGGCCUUCCUGGCCAGGAAGCAGCAGAGCACAGGACAUUGCCUCAGCUCCAGGAAGAUCGUGGAGGGCUGGGCUCAGACAAUGCUUGUCUCUUGCAGACUACCCAUCUGCCCAAAAAGCCUUUUUAGCAAGGCAUUAUUAUGACAACCUUUAAGCUUGCAAAAAUGUGUACAUAAAAAGUCAUCCAAUUUUCUUUUCUCUCUGGUUAAAGUGUGUGUGUUGUGGUGUGGAGGGCCGGGAACAGUGAUUGGGAUUAAUACCACUGUUAGACCACCCCGCCCCUGUGCUGUCUGCUUCCUACAGUGGCACAACUCUGGCCUGGCAGGAGUGGCAUCCUGAUCGCCAUGCCUACACCUGGCCCCUCCUCUCUAAUUACCCUUGGGUGAGAAGAGGGUGUUGCCACUCCCUCCUGCCCUGAGUAUAUACAAUCACAAGGAAUAAGUAAUGGAGCCCGGUCCACCAAGAACUGAGUAUAAUACAGUACACCACACAGCAGGAUUAGGCCUACCUAUUUCUAUAUACAAUGAGUGCAA